CUCGUAAAUUGGUUCAAUGACGUAUUGUCCUAUCUAGGAUUUGCACUUAACUUGGCUCCCUGCCAGGCUCUACCUAGGUAAGGGUAUAAAGGUAAGGGUAGAUUAAUAGUUAAUGUGCGUGUGAAUAUCGACUUUUUUGGAGAAAUUCAAUGUCAAAAUCACUUUACCAUACCAUGGAGUGGCGCUUAUUUUUUGUAGAGAAGUAUCAAAAUGAAUAUAGGUAGUAUAAUUGUUGUAGAAGUAAUUUUGGAAAUCUGGCUAAGAAAAUAAAUGGAUAACUAGUACAAAAAGAAAAUUUAUACUAAAUUACUUUAAUCAAUGACACAUACCGUACUAGGUAAUUAUGUGAUUCAAUUGUUUUGAUAUUUUAUAUCAUGUAUUACUUACUGUAUUUUUAUUAUUUCAGGAAUGAUGGGUUCCUAAACUCUAGGUAUAUUUAAAACAUCUAUUCUUCUACUUGUACAAGCCUAUAUUAAUACGGUCUAGAAUUAAGUCAUGUCAUUGUGAAAACUGCCUAAAGGGGCCCAUGCCCACUGCUGAUUACCAGUCCGCCAGACGAUCUCAGCCUGUCAGUUAUUCGCAAAAAAUUACAAUCGCGAACUCAGACGAUCGGCGAGAACUUAUUAUGGUUAUUGAGAUUGGGUUGAUCAUUUCCCUGCCUACAAGCGUUGACAGUUACAUUAAAAAGCUCGUAUCUAUUGACUUAAGUGUUGCUUUAUAUUGCCGGUCGAAUUAUUUUGUAUGGUUAAUAUUUUCAUUUUAUUUCUAAGCAAAAUUUAUCUCAAUAUACUUCUUAAAUCCUAUGCUCUAAGUGCCGUGUAAAUAUUCACUGUAUAACUAAUGUAAACAGUAUAAGUUUUUUAUUUUUUACAACAAAUAUUAUGAGACUUGUUACUUUUUUCUACUAAACCAAAGCUUCUUUGCAAGUUCUAGGCAUGCGCGCCGCGACCCCAACAAAGUUGUCGUUUUCAUUCAUCCCCUUCGGCAGUCGAAGUUUGUUCGCCACAGGAGCAGCACCUUCGUCUUUAUCCCGGGAACUCUCGUAAACUUUUACGACUUAUACACCAUUGUGAAAAUUCAAAAGGACCUAACUUUAUGGCGGUUUGUGCGACAUACGUUGUCGUUGAAAGCUGUAAUCGAUUCACGAUUUUAGUGCAGUGAAGUUUCGCGGAAUUUGCAUAGUUUUAUGACGUUCUACCACGUCUUAUUGGAUUUACGUAAUAUGGUACGGAACAAUAAAAUUAAUCACAAAUCCCCAAUACUGUGUGACUUUGUUCUGCGUAGAAUGUAAAGUGUUUAGUUAGUAAUGGAACACAAUGAUCCUAAUGAGUAUGAUUUUGUAAACAUUAAAAUAAUAGAGUGUAUAAAUGGAAGUGAAUAUUUGGACCUAUUUAUUUCUACUACAAAUACAACUGACGUUAUAUGUACAAGGAGAGGACACAGCAAAGCGUUCUUGGACGCAAACAGAUGAUACAACGGGAACAACGGACGAUCUGCUAGAAAAACCAUUAGAUUUCUUAACUAAACCAGAUGCGGCCGCAAAAGAUUACUUUCUUCCUCGUGUGUUCACCAAUAACGAAGACAUCGAAGAUAUAGAUGACGAAGAUGACAAUCUAUAUGCAGAUUAUGAUUAUGAAAAGGAAACAAAUUACAAAGACUUGCCAGAGAAAGAAAACAUAAAAAGCAAAGAGAAUCAAGAGCAUACGCCUGAUGAUAAGAUACCACUUCACACGGCCAAAGACAACCUUCCAAUUUUUCUUUUAGAGCCGGAAAACACUUAUGUAGUGAAAAAUAAACCGGCCACUUUAAAGUGUAGAGCAGCUAACGCUUUAGAAGUGUACUUCAAAUGCAAUGGCGAAAAGACACAUGCGCUAAACUUCGCAUUCGUAGACCCCCAAACGGGGGUGAGGAUAAUCGAGGGAGAGUAUAACGUGACCAGGGAACAUGUUGAGGAGUACUUCGGGAGCGAGAAGUACCAGUGCUCGUGCUUCGCCUGGACUAGCCGAGGGCAUAUCAGAAGCCAGCCGGCUACUGUGGAGCUUGCUUAUAUCAAGAAGCAUUUCACCUCAGCCCCUCAAUCCCAGUUGGUCAAACAGAGCGCCCCCGCGUCGUUCCGAUGCGAGCCGCCUCCCGCGGCGCCGUUCGCGCAGCUCUACUGGCUGAAAAACGGAGCCCCCAUCACUGUUGGCGACAACGUACAAGUUACUAAGGAUGGGGAGCUGAUCAUCAAGCAAGUUUCGCUGCUGGAUAUGGCCAACUAUACUUGCGUUGCUGAAAAUUUAGCUGGAAAACGAAUAUCAGAGCCAGCACUCUUAACAGUUUUCGUAAACGGUGGUUGGUCACCCUGGUCAUCGUGGUCAGAAUGCUGGUGCAACGGCCAAACGCGCGAGGGCCGGACGGGACGAAGACGAGUCCGGUCCUGCACCGCACCCAGGCCAUUGAACGGAGGACAACCGUGUUUGGGCUUUAGUGUGCAAAAGACACCGGACUGCUUGGAGUGCGAUUUAGAUAUGUAUGUUGAUGGUUUAGAUGAGUUAGCAGAUCAGUCAUCUGAUGUAUUAAUAGGUCGUUGGUCCCAAUGGUCCGAAUGGUCGCGUUGCGACACCGACUGUCUUCAGACCAGACGACGCCGUUGUCUGACUAGUGCGGCCUGCCUUGGGAAAGACUACCAGAUGGCUCAAUGUCCUAUGUGUGUGAGGACUUCCAAAACUGAUAAGGGAAGCGAUGUAUCAUCGUAUUGGGCGCUUCUGGUAGCAUUGUCAAUUGCGUUUUUGAUAUUAAUAGUUGUUGUCUUAUUGGGAAUAAAGUACAUGAAGAUAAAGAUAUCAGAAAACUCGCCUUACGUGAAACCUCCACCAGGUACAAACUACUUUGGUAGCGUAAUAAAAAGGACCUUGACCAACCAGCCAGACCUAACAAUACACGAAGAAUUCCAGACAAUGGAUUCCAGAAGAACACACAGACCCAUGAGCACCUCGAUCAAUUCAAGGCCAGAUCAUUUGUAUGAAGUACCGCAGUUAGCCAACAGUUACAUGUCUCCCAUAGACCAUGAGGUAAGACCGGACAUCGGACGCGCCGAAGUGGAGUCAGACCGUUCUGAUUCCAGCUGCUUUUUGAGCUCGGGCUCUUCAUAUGGCAACGAAAGUGUAGAAAUGUCACCAUCACUAAAGAACAAUGCUUCGCUAGACUCUAGAAUGAAUACCUCCAGUUUUGAGACGACCACGUCAAAAAUAGUCACUGGUGAUGGCGAUUGGCUAAUAAUGGACAAAUGUGGAGUCAGUCUGUUCGUGCCUGACGGUGUGGUGGAAAAAGGAGAAGAGCUGUUCACGGUUGAGGUGACGGACGAGGAAUGGAAUAGGCCUUUGCUUCAAGAAGGGGAAACUCAGCUGAGCCCAGUAAUUCGUUGCGGCCCGAAAAAUUUUCACUUCCGGAAAGGGGUGAUUCUUUCCUUCCCUCACAAUGCAUCACUUAAAAACGCCAGCUGGGUCCUUUCCAUACUUCAGAAACCAGAAGAAAUCAACACACGAGAAUGGAGAAAAGUUCUAACGCUGGGUCAAGAAACUCCCGGAAGCCCCAUCUUCGCUCAAGUCGAUCCUAAUAAAGUUUACCUCGUGUGCGAAUUUCUAAGCGACUUUGUUUUAGUUGGGCGUAGCUUCACCAGCCUGGACGCAAAACUGCUGAAACUAGCCUUGUUUGUUUCGAAAAAAAUAGACGAGAGUUACUACAGUUUAAAAGUUCAUGUGAUAAAUGAUACUCCUUAUGCCUUGCAUGACUGUGUUGAAAAUGAAAAGCGAAUGGGUAGUUCUUUGCUAACUGAGCCAAAAACCAUUUAUUUUCAAGAAAGUUGUUCAGAUUUAUGUAUCAAUCUUAGAGAUUUAGGUGUGGGCUGGAAGGUAAUUUCGGGAGGUAAAUAUCAAGAGUUGUCCUACGCGCAUGUUUGGAAUCUUGGAGUUAGAUCUUUACAGUGUAUAUUUAUCUUACAACAAACUGACGCUAUCAGUUGUUUUGAGGUAAACUUAUCCGCUUACCAAAAACAAAAGCAAUCGAAUUCGGUUAACUUUACUUUGAAAACAAACGAUUUCAACUCGAAUUUGACUUGUAACAAACGGUUUAGCUCUUCCAGUGUCGAUUACAACAUGCAUGUUGUAGAGAACCCGUUUAAUUAUUCUUCUUUAUCUAAGAAAGAAGGCAGAUACGAUUUUGUGUACAGAGGUAACCAUUAUAGAAGUAAUUUAAGCGUGGACAAUAACUAUCGUAUGAACAUUCUUACUAAGUCGGACCGAAUUAUUUUGUGUAAAUUACUAGACUCUCAAACUCCAAAAGGCAACGAUUGGAGACUUUUGGCAGAAAAAUUAAGGAUAGUUUCAUACUACUAUUACUUUUCAAACACAUGUUCUCCGACAGAGAACAUUCUGAACCUGUGGAUGUGUAGAAACAAUGAUGCUCACAUGUUGGUGAAUCUGUCGAAGAUAUUUAGAGAAAUGAGCCGAAUUGACUGCGCCACUGUUGUUGAAAGACGUUGUUUCCCCAAUUAAUAAUUGAAACUUCGACACAAUAAAUUAGUUCUAGACAUAGAAAUAGAUCAAAUGACACUCUAGGCUACUUUUAUACGAAAAAAGUUGGAAUGCUUAAGCAAAGAAAAUAUAUCUUAAUAUAUUAGAUGCUAAUUUCUAUUAUUAGUUGAUAUUUAUUUUCAUUAUACACUAAUUUAAUAAUACAGUUGUCAUAAAGAAUUUAAUAUUAUGGUGUUGAUUGUAACUAGGUAUAUUUAUUUACUUUAUGUAGAUUCAUACAUUACCUAGUUUGGACUUGUACAUAAUAUAGUUUUAGAGUUCAGUAUUAUUUCACUUAAAAAGCUUUACUAUUUAAGAACCCAAUAUGAAACAUUAGUUGUGUCUGCACCUUAUCACCUAUUGGUAUACUGUACCUAAUAUAAACUAUGUUACAAUAUAAUGAACCGAAAGACUCAUUUCCGGAUUUUAUAGUAAGUUUUAAAAAUUGAUACAACUAGGCCCUUAUUUAAUAAUAAUUUGAGGUUGUUUAACUUUAAAAAAGACAAUGAAAAACAUUACUAAUUGCUUAAGAUGUAAUAACUUGACUUAAAAAGGAAGCCAUUUUGGUCAAAAAGGAUAAAUAAAUUAGAUUGUUCUAGAAUGAAUGCCAAUAUUUCAUGGACUAAACUCGUAUGAUAAUAGUUUUUUGUCUGUUGUAUCAUAAAACAGAGUGCACCGUUUUAUAAAUAGUGCCAUACAAAAUUGUUGCCCAAAAUAAUGUAGGGUUUAAUUUUUAUUGAAAUAAAAGUUUAAGCAAA